AUGGCUUUCCGGAGGACUGUUGCCGCUAUUGCGGCUCUCUCAUCCAUCGUCGUUCCUUCUGCUGCGUUGGAUGUGGAUUUGAAAACUAAUCUCGCCGUCUAUUGGGGCCAGGGAGCGAAUCAGCAGCGACUUUCUCACUUCUGCCAAGAGACAUCGCUCGAUAUAAUCAACCUAGCGUUCAUUAAUGUGUUCCCAGACGCUGUCAGUGAUUAUCCCGGCUCCAACUUUGGCAACCAGUGUGAUGGCACCGUCUACCCUGGAACGGAGCUUCUCAGCGGCUGCCACCAGAUUUGGGAGGAUAUCCCGGUCUGUAAGGAGAUGGGCAAGACCGUUUUGCUGUCUAUUGGAGGAGAAACUGCCUACCAGCAGCUGACCAGUGACAUUCAAGCUAUCUGGUUUGCCGAUUUCUUGUGGUACUCGUUCGGUCCCCAGAACGAGAACUACACCGAUGUCUAUCCUCGUCCCUUCCAAGCCAACGCUGUGGAUGGUUUCGACUUUGAUAUUGAGCAUGAUGGCGGCGCAGGCUACGCUACCAUGAUUAACCGUCUGCGCUCCCACUUCGACGAGUAUCCGGACCAGCAGUUCUAUAUCUCUGGUGCGCCUCAAUGCGCGAUUCCUGAUGCGCAGCUCAGCGACGCCAUCUCAAAUGCUUCAUUCGAUUUCCUGUGGGUUCAAUGGUAUAAUACGGCUAGCUGCUCAGCGAGCGGGGAUGGCUUCAAUUAUGAUGACUGGGUUGAGGUUAUUCGGAACAGUGCCAACCCCGAGACCAAGCUGUUCAUCGGACUUCCUGCCUCUGAGGACGCUGCCAUUGCAGGCUUCUACUUGACCCCUGAGGAGGUUUCUCCUCUGGUUGAGACAUACAUGGCGUUGUACCCCAAGCACUUUGGUGGUAUCAUGCUGUGGGAGGCUACUGCUUCGGAGAACAACGUCUCUCCCGACGGUCUGACCUAUGCCGAGGAGAUGAAGGAGAUUCUCUACAGCUGUGCUCCUCCCCCUCCCCCUGUUACUUCGACUUCUACCAUCCUUGUGACGCCAACUCCCAAGCCUACUCCUACUCCUACUCCUUCCAGCUCGGUGGUCCCUUCUAGCACUCCAGCCUCAUCCCCGGCCUCCUCGUCCCCGACCUCUUCGAUUGUCAUCCCGUCGAGCUCCCCGGUUGCGUCAAGCUCCCCAGUUGCGUCAAGCUCGAGCUAUGUAUCAUCAAGCUCGCCCGUUGCUUCUCAGUCCAGCUCUUUGCCCUCUUCUAGCCCGGUGGCAUCGACUACUCCUGCUAUCCCAUCUAGCUCGCAGUAUGUCUCAAGCAGCGCUCCUCAUGUUUCCCAGUCGAGCACUCCCUCGCCUUCCAGUAUUGGCUCGUCUAGCUCUACCCCUACGCCCAGCCAUACCUCUUCGUCUGUUCCAGUGGUGUCGUCUAGCGUUCCCUCUAGCGUGCCAUCCAGCUCGAAGCCUGCCUCAUCCAGUGCCGCUUCCACCUCUUUGACCAGCUCUCAGGCUUCGUCUUCUGUGGUUGUCCCUAGCUCUAGUGUGCCUGCUAGCUCCCCGGUCGCGUCUUCUUCUAGCCUGCACACUUCUAGCUCAAGCGUCCCGGUCGUCUUGCCUACGGCUACUCCCUCUAGCUCCCCCUCGCACUCAAGCAAGCCGGCUCAAUCUAGCUCUGGAAGCUCAUCGUCUUCUGGAAUUGCCGUUACCCCCAGCGGAACUGUUUCAACGCCUUCAAGCACUCCCGUGGCUCCUACUCAAUCGUCUUCCUCCAGUGUUGUCGUCGGAAGCUCCAGCUCCCCUGUGCUGUCAUCUUCCAGUGCUGUCGUGACCCCUAGCGGUACUGUGUCCAAGACUUCAAGCACCCCGUUGAUCCCAACUCAGUCGUCGACUGCCUCUAUCGUUCCCGUUGGACCUUCCAGUUCCCCCUCCUCUAGCAGCCCAGCUUCCAACUCUGUUACUCCUUCUGGAAGUGCCUCGGCCUCUAGCUCGACCGUCCCAACUGUGAUUGCCUCUUCCCAGAGCGUUAGCAGCACUAGCACCCUCUCGAGCUCGUCUUCUAUCCCUCACAGACCCAGCCACACCCCCGUUACCCAGUCACCCGUGUCUAGCCCAUCUCAAGUCCCUAUGUCGAGCUCUGUUGCCGUGUCCGAGUCACCUUCAACUUCUAGUUCCGUGUCUGUAACCUCGGUCUCCUCUUCUGAGUCGACUUCGGCUACCAGCACUCAGCCCGCUGGUCAGUCAAGCUCUCCGGGUGUCGGUGCCACUGGUAGCUCUCAGGUUACCAGCUCUUCCCAGGCUACUAGCACUUCUCAGACUCCUGGCUCCUCUGGAUCUACUGGAUCUGGAUACCCUACGAUCACUUCCGUCAUCAGUGCUUCUCCCUCGGUCACUCCUGCUCCCUCGUCUACCCAGCCUGAUGUGACCACGACAAUCAUCGUUACCUCGUAUACCGAUAUCUGCCCCACUGGUUUCACCACUAUCACGACGACUAUCACGACCACUGUCUGCCCCGAAGCCACUGCUAGUGUGACUGGUCCUUCUUCCGGUCUGGCAACUACCACUCCCUCCAUCCCCGAGGGCUGGACCACUACCGUGACCGUCUGCACUCACUGUGCUGCGACCCCGACCACUGUCACUCUUACCAAGCCCAUUGCUACCACGACGGCAGAGGUUACCCCCGUUCCCUCGUCCCCGGCGGGUAGCGAGACUUGGACUGAGACCUGGACUACCACUGUGACCUUCUGCAAGCACUGUGGUCCUACCGGCUCGACGGUCACUGUGACCGUGCCUUAUACUCCCUCGGCAACCCCUACCGGAAGCACGGGAGCUUCUGGACAAGGUGAAGGGUCCGGUUCCAGUGGCUCCCCCAAGCCUACCGUCACCGGCACUCUCGUUGUCAUCCCCUCUUCCAAGCCCAUUGGAUCGGUUUCUAGCAUCCCCUACUCCCCCAGCCGAACCCCGACUUUCGCUGCCCAUUCCACUGGUACCGCCUCUCAGGCUCAAUCCUCUGCUAGCAGCACUCAAGAGGGAGUCUCUCCCAUCUACACUGGCACUGCCUCUCGUUCGGGAGUUACCAACUUCAUCGCCAUCUUCAUGACCGUCCUAGCAUCUUGCGUCUUCAUUCUCUGA